AACAACCCCACAGCCUGACCCCCAGCCAUGCUGACCUCUCCAGAGCUGCUCACAGCCCUCCUCCUGCUGUCCAGCGCGGUCUGGGCCGCCGAUGACUCCGAGUGGGUGAAACUGCCUGAUAAGUGCGAAGUGUGCAAAUUCCUCUCCGUGGAACUGAAAUCGGCCUUCGAGGAGACGGGGAAAACCAAUGAGGUGAUUGACACCAAAUAUGGCUUUCUGGAAGGAAAAGGGUCGAAAAUAAAAUACAGGCACUCAGAUAUUCGGCUGAUUGAAGUGACCGAAAACAUUUGCAACCGCCUGCUGCAGUACAACCUUCACAAGGAGAGGAGUGGGAGCAAUCGCUUUGCUAAGGGGAUGAGCGAGACCUUUCAGACCCUCCAUGGCCUCGUUCAUAAAGGUGUUAAAGUGGUGAUGGAUAUCCCCUACGAGCUGUGGAAUGAGACGUCUGCUGAGGUGUCGGACAUGAAGAAACAGUGUGAUGUGAUGCUGGAGGAGUUUGAAGAUGUCAUUGAAGAUUGGUACAAAAACCAUCAGGAAGAUGAUCUCACCCACUUCCUGUGUGAACAGCAUGUGCUGAAGUCUCACGAGAAGGAAUGUUUGAAAGAAGUGUGGACAGCCCAGAAAGGCGACUUGGAAGCGAUUGACGAGAAAAAGAAAAAGAAGAAAAAGAAGACGAAUGAUGGGAAAAAGAAGAAGGAAGGGAUCAAAAAGAAAGGGAAGAAAAUGAAGGAGGUAAAGAAGCGAGAGGAAGGGGAGGACAGUGACCAGGAGCAGGGGCACAACAGCUCAUCUGAUGAGGAAAACAUUCAACAGGAAACUCCACUGUUUCACAAACCUGAUGAGCUGUGAGGAGUUGCGGAGAUAGACUUGGGGUUGGAGCAGAAGCAUUGCUGGUAACUUGUAUCAUGAGAUUAUCUAUUUUGUGGUGGAGGUGUCUUGUACGUGGUUCCCCACAGUGCUUAUUCUUUCCAUUCCCCCUGUGUUCAUACUACAGUAUGGAUGGUCAAAAAGCACCAACCCACUGUCGUCAUCUUAAACCGAAGUGAGCGAGACUGUGCACACUUAACUCCCCAGGAAAGACAUGGCGGGGGUGGGAGGGGAGCGCGGAGGGUAGAACAUCCCUGGGCCAGCAACUCAUUGAGUUAGUAAUGGACAAUGAAUUCUAAUACUUUUAUAAGUGAAUAAAGAGUGGAUGUGAAA